AUGGACAACCCACAGCUCAGGGACGUAGCGGCCCGGGAUCGCGUUCGCGCAGCACAAGAUUUCCUCGAUCCAAUUGAUCUAGCCGCCGCCCGAAGCUACAGAGCCGAUAUCAUAUUGAUGCUGCAGAAGUUCGAGCGGAGAUUGGUAGUAAGCAUAGACGAAAUUCGAGCCCACAAUGUCGAACUCGCGGAAGGCCUGCUCCAACAACCUUUUGACUUUGCUCAAGCCUUUGACAAGGCCCUCCACGAAGUCGUCAAAGCACUCCCAAAUAGCACGCCGAAGCAGACAUCAGACGAUGUGAUGUACUAUUGCGCGUUCUCCGGCAGCUUCGGUCAAUACGCGUGUAAUCCGCGAACCCUUUCCUCCAUCCACCUCAACCAUAUGGUCUCCUUGGAAGGAAUUGUGACGAGAUGCUCCCUUGUACGUCCCAAAGUCGUCAAGAGUGUACACUACAACGAAAAGAAGAAGAUUUUCCACUUCCGGGAGUAUAAAGAUCAAACAAUGACCGCCAGUGGGGCUAGCACCUCGAGCGUUUACCCACAAGAGGAUGAUGAAGGCAAUCCGCUCAUCACAGAAUAUGGAUACUGUACAUAUAGGGAUCACCAGACUAUUUCGAUACAAGAAAUGCCUGAACGAGCCCCUGCAGGACAAUUGCCAAGAGGCGUCGAUGUUAUUUUAGACGAUGAUCUGGUCGACAAGUGCAAACCCGGCGACAGGGUCCAACUUGUCGGCAUUUAUCGAUCUCUCGGAAACAGGAAUGCGAGCCAUAGCACUGCGAUUUUCAAGACCGUGAUCCUCGCUAAUAAUGUUGUCAUGUUAUCCUCGAAAUCAGGAGGCGGAAUUGCUUCAGCUAUCAUUACCGAUACAGAUAUUCGCAAUAUUAACAAGGUUGCGAAAAAGAAGAACCUCUUCGACCUUCUUUCGCAAUCGCUUGCUCCCAGUAUUUACGGCCACGAGUUCAUCAAAAAGGCUAUCCUUCUUAUGCUACUUGGUGGGAUGGAGAAGAAUCUGGAAAAUGGCACACAUUUGAGGGGUGAUAUAAACGUUUUGAUGGUCGGCGAUCCUUCCACUGCCAAGUCUCAAAUUCUACGAUUUGUCCUUAAUACUGCGCCUCUAGCUAUUGCUACGACGGGUAGAGGCUCAUCGGGAGUUGGUCUCACGGCUGCUGUUACAACGGAUAAGGAGACGGGCGAACGAAGACUCGAGGCCGGUGCUAUGGUUCUAGCUGAUCGUGGUGUUGUCUGCAUCGACGAAUUUGAUAAGAUGUCCGACAUAGAUCGAGUUGCCAUUCACGAAGUCAUGGAACAACAAACAGUGACGAUAGCAAAAGCUGGCAUUCAUACCUCCCUGAACGCACGUUGCAGUGUUGUUGCCGCUGCAAAUCCCAUCUUCGGGCAAUACGACACCCACAAAGAUCCACAUAAGAAUAUCGCUCUUCCAGACUCCCUCCUGUCUCGUUUCGAUUUGCUAUUCAUUGUCACAGAUGAUAUUGAGGAUGCACGAGAUCGGCAAAUAUCAGAACAUGUUCUUCGAAUGCACCGGUACCGACAACCAGGCACAGAAGAGGGGGCUCCAGUUCGAGAGCAGUCUCAACAAACCCUCGGCGUUGGCGUAGACCAAGAGGCUGAUGCCAAUCGGCCCACAGAUGUUUACGAGAAAUAUAAUCAGAUGCUUCACGCAGGCGUGACAGUGAUGAGUGGCCGGGGCGCCAACAAGAAAGUCGAAGUUCUCAGUAUUCCCUUCAUGAAGAAAUACAUCCAAUACGCCAAGUCUCGAAUCAAGCCCGUCUUGACGCAAGAAGCCUCGGACAGGAUCAGUGAAAUUUACGUUGGCCUUAGAAACGACGACAUGCAAGGAAACCAGCGCAAGACCAACGCCAUGACAGUCCGUACUCUCGAAACUAUCAUCCGUCUCGCAACCGCACACGCUAAAUCCCGCCUCUCAAACCGAGUCGAAGAACGUGAUGCCUUGGCCGCAGAGACAAUCCUGCGCUUCGCUCUAUUCAAAGAAGUACUUGAGGAUGAGACAAGGAGCAAACGCCGCAAGACGCGUCCUCUAGAAAUCGAAUCCUCGAGUGAAGACUCAGACUCGGAUUCGGACUCACCACCCCCAGCCACACGCGGGUCCUCAUCUCGAACGCGAACUCCUGGAACUGCACGCACCCGGGGCAUAGCUGUUCCCCGCAGAAACGGUACCAAUAAUGCACGAGCAAACGAAGAUGAGGAUUCAGAUGGAGCAGACCUCUACGCCGCAUCCCCACGCACAACGACUCAACGCUCUCGCCGUACAAACGGUAGCAAUAUCCCCACCCAAUCCCAAACAUCUUUCGCCUCCUCCCUACCCGCAUCUCAACUCCCUUCCCAGUCCCAAUCCCAAGAUGCCGAUCUGGCAACUGGUACCGCAGCUUUAAGUAUUGAGGCCAAUGGUGGAAUUACGCCUGCGCGCUUCCAGGUAUUCCGCACCACCCUCGGUCAAUUGCUUAAUACCCCGCUGUUCGAGGAUGAUUCUGCUGAGGUGAAUGAUAUUAUCAGGGCAGUGAACGGGAGGAUUGGUGGCUCUGCUGGGGGGCCCUUCGAAAGAGCGGAGGCGGUUGCGGCCUUGAAGAAGAUGGACGAGGCGAAUAAUGUUAUGUAA